CCCACCCCAGUCAGCCAGCAUCUCUCCCCACUGUUCCACCGCCACUACUGCUACUGCUACCGCCGCUUUGCUUUUGCUUUGGUAGUCAAGUUCGCUUCAUCACAAAAUCGUUUUCCAGACUGUCCGUGGUUAAAACCAGUGGGAUUUGAGCUGAUUUGAAGGUUUUGGAUCAGUAUCCGAAGGGAAUUCAUUCUAGAAAGCUAGAAUUUAAGUCAGUGGAAUCCUUCGACAGACUCCUAGGCAGGAUGUCGAAACGACCUUCAUACAGCAGACGGGAAACAGGUUACUCAUCCAGCAACAGCGACAGCGAUGGCAGUGGGUCAGAUGUGGAGGAUGAUCGUUCACCACCGAAGAAGACAAAACUCGCCUUUGGCGUAGGCCAGAAACCAACAGUAUGUAAACCAACAGACGGACCUCCAUCCAAGUCAAUUCAAAUGAAGCUGGGAUUUCAGAAACCGAGUGUUGCUAAACCUGCGUCAUCAUCAUCUUCAUCUUUAAAAGCUCCUUCAAGAACUGUUGCGGCUGCAUUCAAUGUAGAUGACGAUGAUGAAGUAGAAGAAAUGCCUCCAGAAGCACGAAUGCGCAUGAGAAAUAUUGGCAGAGACACACCAACAUCUGCUGGGCCUAACUCCUUUGGCAAAACAAAGCAAGGUUUCUGUGAUGCCAAAAAGGUAUUCGAGAAGUCACUUAAAAAGAAAAUGGAAGAAGUGAAACAAUGAUUUAGAAAAUAUUUUCCAAUUAUUUUUGUGAACAAUGCAAGGAAUAUCUUGUGAAUUAUGUCGGUUAUAUUCCUGUCCUCUCAAAUCAUCUCAUUAUUGUCUUUUUAUCCUUCACUUGCUUUUGAGCUGAUAUGUAGAGUGUUAUUCACUUUCCAAGUUUUUAAGUAAUUCAGAUUGCUUUUUUUAGUUGUCUUCUCAAUGUUAAUUUUUUUUUUCACAUUUGUCCCACUCAGUUUUUUUUGUGACUUAGAAAUGACGAUGUUGUCUGUGUCAAUCCCAGCUGAAUUGUGUGAUAGUGGCCCUUCAAAUUUUUUAGUAGGGGAAUGUUGGCACUAAUAUUGCCAUGAUGGGCACUUUAUCAGUUCAUGUAUUAUGAGCACAAAACUACUGGUAAUUACUUGAAUACGUAUUGUUUGAUUAAUACUGAUUGUAGUCCCUGUGAUUUGACUUGUGUUUCCUUUGUUUUUAAAAAUUCAAGAUUCUUUUUGUAGGCUUAGGUAAAUGUGCCAAGAGUACCUUGUCUUAUACUAUGUACAAAUACUGUAUCUUGUACUUGUCUUAUCUGCAUAAAGCCCCUUUGACUCU